CUGAGCAAGCAAGGCACCUGGUCUCUUCAUACUCUGCCAUAGCAACUUGAACACCGUAGAGUAAAUAGAUCUCAACAGGAGGAGAAGACGCUUCUCAGGAAUGAUAAAACAACGGGCAAAGCAAGAACUGCCAGGUCGGCUGGGUAUCCCAAUGGCUGAAGAAAAGCCCAAGUAUAACUGCAGUGUCAGUGAAGUCACCAUUGUGAAUCUGCAGCCUGAGAAAAAUCCCAUUCUCAUCUUGCCAGGAGGGAAGCCAGGAAGUGAACACAGAAACCUUGGUUUCCAUCCUCCUUCUCCAAGGAUUUCAGAGAAAAGGCUAUCCCAGGGAGACAAAAAAUUGUGGCCAGAAAAGGUGAAAAAAGAAGGGGCUUUGUCUCCCAGUCUGCAUCGUGCAAAUGAGUUUGGUAGCACAGAGAAUGUUACCCUGAAGAGGCCGGUGAAGCUGGCCCCUCUGGAGAUCCCUGUGGAAGUAAAAGAAGCCCAGCUCCAAAAGAUUAUGAGCAUCCAGAGAGAAGCCCAAAUGGCUGCUCAGAAGCUGAUGGUCAUCAACUCCAUGCGCAAUGAACUCCAUGUGAAAAGAGCAAAGAAUCUGGCUCAGGGGGAGAUGGAAAACCUUCAAAAGAAAAAUCUGAGUGAGAAGGCUGCUCUGGAGAAUAAAGAUGACCCCCUACCCCCUAAAAGCAGCAAACCCCUGGGAGAAAUUCAAAUUAUUUUGCCUACAGAGACAACCUCUAAGUUGACUAAACAACCAGGAGUGGAAGAGGCUCCCAAGGCAAUCUGUAAACCAUUAAUCCCUACUCUCCACGUAUCUGAUGUGCACGAAGAGUCUAACAGCCCUGAUAACAUCUCUGAUCCUUGCCAGAAUGUUUCUCGGCGCCGAUUCAGAAUAAGGCAUGUGAAAGAGCAGCAGGAAGAUCAUGGGAAAGCCAAACCCUUAAAGGUCACAGAUCUAAGUGUGGGAGAAGGCAAGCAGCAAUCUGCAGGUCAACGAACACAAAAAACCCUUAGUGAUGCAAGCAAGCUUAUUGAAAAUGUGGCCAAAAAGCAGAAGGAACGAGGAGCAAAGCAAGGUGAAAUGGAUGAAGCCUCGUUUGUGAGGAGGCAGUCUAUUCGAAGGAUGGCCUUGGGAGACAUCAUCCAGGUAGAUGAAGACUGAAUAUCACAUACCAUGUAACGCACAGGAGAUUUGGACACAGCACCUACCCAGUAAAAUGUUUUAGACUGCCCACUUAUAUAGAAGCCCUCAGAAGAAUGUCUCGAGACAUUAUUAGACAAUAAAGUGAAAAUAAGUUAACAUUGUUGAACACCUCUGUCAUUUCUGAGAUGCUCAGACAAGUGAUUCAUAGGGCAUAUAUCCUCUUACUACACUCAACCAGAGAAAGGCCUCAGCUACAAUUCUGGGUCCAGCAUGGUAUACAACAUUUUAAGACACACGUGGACCAUGAAGAAAAAAUCUGAAUGUGGUGUGGGUGAAGGGGCCAAGAGAAAAAUAGGAACUAGAAAAUAUUGUGUCUGAGGCAAGACAUGAAAGAAAUAAUAUUAUUUACUUCUGAGAAUACAGACCUCCCACUUUCAGCUGGGGCAAGUUUGUUUCAGAAAGACACGACCAAAAUGUUCUUCAUAUCUAUUUUUGGCAGAACAAAAAAUAAUUAGCUUAAGAUUUAGCAAGAUACAUUUAAGUCAGAAAAGGAGAAAUACUUUUAAGGACAAUAAACACUGAAGAAUGCUGUUUGCAGAGAUGAGAAUCUUUGUCAUUGAAAUUUAAAUAAUACAUUAGACAAACACCUGCCAAGAACGAUUUCAGAAGUGUUAAUCCUUCAUUCAGACAUGACAAGGAUCGGAUGAUCUGUAAUGUCCUUCAACCUCUAUUUUCUUAUAUUGUAUUGUCUAUCUUUUCGGUUGUCCACUUGCAGGACUACUAACCAAGCUGUGUAGUGCAAAAAUGUGCAAUAAAAGUAACUUUUCACUUU